UCCCAGGUGCUGCACAGACCAUGACUGAGAUCAGACCCCAUAUUGUGCAAGGCUGCAGAAUGACGUCCAUGUUUUGCUCCAGCUCAUCCCAACCUGGCGUGGGACAGGGAAGAGAAAUGGCUGCAGUGGAGUCAGUCCAGGUGGAGAUUAUCAGGGGGUUGCUGAGGCCGGUGACCUUCGAAGAGGUGGCUGUGUAUUUCACCAGGGAAGAGUGGGCUCUGCUGGACCCCGCUCAGAGAGCCCUCUACUGCUAUGUCAUGCAGGAGAACUAUGAGACGGUGGUCUUGCUGGCAUCACCCCAAUAGGCCAGUGACACACAUACUACCGGAGACCCUCCUCUGCUGCAGAACACUUUGGGAACAGAGCAC